UGGAUAUGCUUAAGAGACACCAGUGCUCUAUUGAUCUCAAGCGCAACGUUCUGCUCAUCGGCACCACUGGAACCGAAACCUCAUUUCUCAACGAAAACGAAUUGCCAGAGUUUGCCAAACAUAGAGCAAUGGAAUCGUCCGCCGAAACCGAUGGCCAAUCGGAUCUCGACGAAGCCAUCAGGAGAUCCAUCACUGAUUCCCAGACGACGUCCUCUACCGGUGCUAAGAAAGUAGAAUAUCCCGAAUCUGAUAUCAAAGAGUUAAUGGCUUUGGGAUUCACUAGAAAUCAAGUGAUAGAAGAACUCAAUAAGUUUAAUGGCGACAAAAACUUAGCGAUGGCCGCACUCUUCGCUAAAUCCUUUUCAGUUCCCCAAUGAAAACAUAGUUUCUAUAAAAAUCUACAAUUUUUUUUAUAUAAAUUGAAGUGAAAACCGAUAACAAUACAGAAUUCAUAAUCAAUUUCGACACUCAUAUAAUAGUAUUUGAAAUUUUUAAUAAAUAAAAAGUUUAGAAUUUUAUAUUGAAAAA